GGGGGUGGAGUCGCAGGCCGCGGGCCCGCGCUCUUGCUACCUGCCCUCGGCGGCGACUGAUGAGGUGCAGGAGGCAGCGGGAGGAAGUGGAGACGCGGCUCUGAGCGGGCUUGGGGGACCGGAGGCGCCGGUGGAGCCCAGCGUCCCGCCGCAGCCCGCUGUCCCCGCAGGUCCCCGCCCUCGGCCCCUGCAUCCCCAGCAGGGCGAGACUGAGCUCGCGAUGAAGCCGGGCGGAGAAGAAGCUGCGGCGGCAGCCGCGGACGACCCCUGGACUGAGAGCUUCGAAACGGCCGUGCAGCUGGCUCUGCAGGCGGGACAGAUCAUCAGAACAGCCCUUACUGAGGAAAAACGCGUUUCUACAAAAACCUCGGCUGCAGAUCUUGUGACAGAAACGGAUCACUUCGUGGAAGAUUUGAUAAUUUCCGAGCUGCGGAAGCGGUUUCCUUCGCACAGGUUCAUUGCAGAAGAAUCUGUGGCUUCUGGAGGUAAAUGUGUGCUCACUGACAGCCCUACCUGGAUCAUCGACCCGAUUGAUGGCACCUGCAAUUUUGUGCACAGAUUUCCAACCGUGGCAGUUAGCAUUGGAUUUGCUGUUAACCAAGAGCUUGAAUUUGGAGUGAUUUACCACUGCACCGAGGAGCGGCUCUACACGGGCCGGAGGGGCCGUGGCGCCUUCUGUAACGGUCAGCGGCUCCAGGCCUCCAGGGAGACAGAUCUCGCGAAGGCCUUAGUCUUAACAGAGAUCGGUCCCAAGCGCGACCCUGCCACUCUGCGGUUGUUCCUGAGUAACAUGGAGUGCCUUCUCCACGCCAAAGCCCAUGGGGUCCGGGUGAUCGGCAGCUCCACCCUGGCCCUUUGCCACCUGGCCUCGGGGGCCGCCGAUGCCUAUUACCAGUUUGGCCUGCACUGCUGGGACCUGGCAGCUGCCACCGUCAUCAUCAGAGAGGCAGGUGGCACCGUGAUGGACACAUCAGGCGGACCGCUCGAUCUCAUGUCCUGCCGCGUAGUUGCUGCUGGCACCCAAGAAAUGGCGAUGCUCAUAGCUCAGGCCUUGCAAACCAUUAACUGUGGGCGGGACGAUGAGAAGUGAGAAGGAGCCAGCCACCAAAAGAGAAAUGCUCACCUGGCCGCGAGCCAUCUUUCUGCAAAUAUCGAAGUUCCAGGAUUCCUUGGGAUGCGUUUACGGGCUUGUGCUCGCUGUCAGGUGUUUCACGCGCUCCUCGGUGGCUCUUUCCAAACCCGCGCCUCUUUGACCUGGAUAUGGUGUUUGCUGGUUUCCCUCUGUGAUCUCACGUAGCCUUAUUCAGGUUGGUACAAGUUCUUCUGCCGGGGCCAAAACCGAAGUCUCACAUGACAUGUGCUGAUAAUCCACUCUUUCUUUCUCUCUCUCCCCAGAAGGCAAAUCUCAGGUAAUAAGACUUUAUAAAACUUUAGAACUGCUGAUAAAGUGAAUUCAUUCUCAGGCCCUUCCCCCAUGGUACUUCAGAAUGUAAUAAAUCAAAAUUACACA